UAAAUUUAACCUAUUUGGUCUUUUUAAAACAAAUUUCGGUUUUUAUGUCAUUAUCAUAAAAAAUUCUUUUACAAAAUUAUAUUGUCCGAUUUUGUACACAAAACAACUUUGAGGUCUGUUAAUAACAUUAAAGCGAAAUGUAAAAUUAACAGAUGGCCGAACAAAAUAGCAAAUGGCAAAAAUAAACAAAAAGCAACAAAAAACAAACACAUAUUUUGAAACAAUUACAACAUUAAGACCAAGCUUUUAAAUUGGAAACCUUCAACGUGGUGACUGACGCAAACAACUGAAAAACCUCCAACAAUAUACAGCUGUAUUUUAUUAAAAUAAAAAGUAGAACAAAUCAACGUGGACAAUAACCAAAUCGAAAUCCAGGCAAAAUUCCAAACGGAACCUUAAUUGUAAAAAAAAUUGAAAGAAAUCAAAUCAACAGCAUAUUUUUAUGUCAACCAGCUUUGUUAUACGUCGAGCACAAGGCAAACACUUUAUUUAUUAUAUAUAUACACCAUAGCUUAUGCAAAAUUCGUGAUAUCUUCAAUAUAUUAUGCUUAUUAAUCGUGCGCUAUGCCAAAGUUGGUUAACACAGGUGACGUAAUAAAUAUAUGUUGUUAUUUUAGAUAUCGAUUUAAUUUUGGAUAUGGAGGGGCACGUUUUCAAGCAUGCCGACAGAGUCUCAAUGCACAAAGAUGUGGAUCGGGGCAGCCGGUGCGUCAUUUCCAUGUCCAGAAAGCCAGAUGGAGUAACAUUAAAUCACCUGUCGUUGCACCGUCUGGAGAUGCCAGUGGUCAUGUGCCAACGAGUAAUGUAAUUAAGGCAAUUGCAUUUACAGGCGCUUUCAGCCUCGGUUGCUUUGCAGGUGCCACAAUUGUUGAAUAUGAGAAUACGCGCAGCAUGAUCCUCUCGAAAGCGAAACAGGCGCGAUUUGGGUGGGUGCAAAGUCGCCCCUUGGUAGAACGUGAUAUUUGGUGGCAGUUAAAGAAUGAUAUAAAACGUUUCUGGGACUCCCUGUCGCCUGGUGAUAAAACCUUUGCACCACUCUUGGUUUGCAACCUGCUAGCAUUUGGAUUGUGGCGUGUUCCAUCGAUGAGGAAUAUGAUGAUGACAUACUUCACAUCAAACCCAGCCGCACGCAUUGUGUGCUGGCCCAUGUUCCUUUCCACAUUCAGCCAUUAUUCUGUCAUGCACAUUUUUGCCAAUAUGUAUGUGUUGCAUAGCUUUUCAAAUGCUGCCGUUUUAUCCAUGGGCAAGGAGCAAUUCAUGGCCGUCUACCUCAGCGCUGGCGUUUUCUCCAGCUUGAUGAGCGUGCUCUACAAAGCGGGCACGCGUCAGCCCGGCAUGUCGUUAGGAGCGUCUGGAGCCAUCAUGACCGUUCUGGCCUACGUUUGUGCACAAUACCCAGAUACACAGUUGAGCAUACUGUUCCUGCCAACUGUUACGUUCUCUGCCGGAGCUGCAAUUAAAGUCAUCAUGGGCAUCGACUUUGCCGGCUGCGUCAUGGGAUGGAAAUUCUUCGAUCAUGCGGCGCAUUUAGGUGGCGCCCUAUUUGGCAUCUUUUGGGCAAACUAUGGCGCCCAGGUGUGGGCGAAACGCAUUGGCUUACUAAAUUACUAUCACGAGCUGCGCCGAACGAAACAAAAAUAAUAUAAUAUUGGAUAAUCGACAAAGGAUCAUCAUCGUUCAGCCUUUGAGGCUCGUGUUAUCAUGUGUUAGGAGGUUGAAUAAAAUCCAUAAAUUAUAAUUUA